AUUGUUCUUCGUGCCUGCCUGGAAGUCUGCAGCUAAAAUUGUGUUAAGGAGUUUACUGUGAAGCUGCUACAGAAACCAAUGUCUUUGUAUUUUCCUGCUAACGAAUACGGGGUGCUUUGCAUUCAGGAGUACAGAAAAAACAACAAAGUGGAGUCAAGUACACUUAACAGCUUCAUGGGCUUGAAGGAUCACCUGGGGCACGACCUCAGCCACCUGUAUGUGGAGAACACUGACCCACAGUUAAGUGCAGCUGUACCUUGGUCAACGGUAGAUAAACCAACAAUGGAUACAGUUAAUGCUGGGAAGGAUGAAAAAGAGGUGUCUGAAGAGAAUGCAAGCUCUGGUGACUCUGAAGAAAGCACAAAUUCUGAUCAUGAGUCAGAACAAUUGAGUAGCAUUUCAGUAGAGCCAUGCUCAUUAACCAAGACUCACAGACAACUAUGUAGGUCUCCCUGUUUAGAGCCUCACAUACUCAAGCGCAAUGAAAUUUUGCAAGACUUUAAACCCGAAGAGUCCCAGACUACAUCCAAGGAAGGGAAGAAACCCCCUGAUGUGGUACGAGAAUACCAAACGAAACUGGAGUUUGCACUUAAGUUAGGUUAUUCUGAAGAACAGGUUCAGCUUGUGCUAAACAAACUUGGUACAGAUGCUUUAAUCAAUGAUAUUUUGGGAGAACUUGUCAAACUUGGAAAUAAAAGCGAGGCUGAUCAAACAGUUAGUACCAUUAACAGUAUAAUGCGGGAAACAUCUUCCCUGGAAUCUCAGCGGUCUGAAUCUCCAAUGCAAGAGAUUGUAACAGACGACGGUGAAAAUCUGAGACCAAUAGUUAUUGAUGGCAGCAAUGUGGCAAUGAGCCAUGGAAACAAAGAAGUAUUUUCCUGCCGAGGAAUAAAAUUAGCAGUGGAUUGGUUUUUGGAAAGAGGCCACAAAGAUGUUACAGUCUUUGUUCCUGCUUGGAGGAAAGAACAAUCCCGGCCUGAUGCUCUCAUCACAGAUCAAGAAAUUUUACGUAAAUUAGAGAAGGAGAAAAUCCUGGUGUUCACGCCAUCUCGGCGAGUCCAGGGGAGGCGAGUGGUGUGCUAUGACGACAGGUUCAUCGUGAAGCUGGCCUUUGAGUCAGAUGGUAUAAUUGUGUCCAAUGAUAACUACAGGGAUUUGGCUAAUGAAAAACCAGAAUGGAAGAAGUUCAUAGAUGAGCGAUUAUUAAUGUAUUCAUUUGUUAAUGACAAGUUCAUGCCUCCUGACGACCCUCUUGGCAGACACGGCCCCAGUCUGGAUAAUUUUCUGAGGAAGAAACCUAUUGUUCCUGAACACAAAAAGCAGCCUUGUCCAUAUGGAAAGAAGUGUACCUAUGGACACAAGUGCAAAUAUUACCAUCCCGAAAGGGGCAGUCAGCCUCAGCGGUCAGUGGCUGAUGAACUUCGUGCCAUGUCUAGAAAUACAGCAGCCAAAACUGCAAAUGAAGGAGGACUGGUGAAAAGCAACAGUGUUCCUUGUAGCACUAAGGCUGAUAGCACUUCUGAUGUGAAACGAGGUGCUCCAAAGAGGCAAUCAGAUCCAAGCAUAAGGACUCAAGUCUACCAAGACCUAGAAGAAAAGCUUCCCACCAAAAACAAAUUGGAAACCAGGUCUGUACCUUCCUUAGUUAGCAUACCGGCUACUUCUACUGCAAAACCCCAAAGCACUGCAUCUUUAAGCAAUGGCCUUCCAUCUGGAGUUCAUUUCCCACCUCAGGAUCAAAGACCACAGGGACAAUAUCCUCCAAUGAUGAUGGCAACCAAAAAUCAUGGAACGCCAAUGCCUUAUGAACAGUAUCCAAAAUGCGACUCGCCUGUUGACAUUGGAUAUUACUCCAUGUUGAACGCAUAUUCAAAUCUGAGUAUCUCAGGCCCACGAAGUCCUGAAAGGCGUUUCUCAUUAGACACAGAUUAUAGAAUAAGUUCUGUAGCUUCUGACUGCAGCAGUGAAGGGAGCAUGAGCUGCGGGAGCAGUGACUCCUAUGUGGGGUACAAUGACCGGUCCUACGUCAGCUCUCCCGACCCGCAGCUAGAAGAGAAUUUGAAGUGUCAACACAUGCACCCUCACAGCCGCCUUAAUUCCCAACCCUUCCUGCAGAAUUUCCACGACCCCUUAACCAGAGUGCAAAGUUACAGUCACGAAGAACCAAAGUUCCAUCACAAGCCUCCUCUUCCACACUUGGCUAUGCAUCUACAGCACCCCACUGUGGGCGCCCGGUCCAGCUGUCCCGGGGAUUACCCCUCUCCGCCAAGUUCAGCACACUCUAAGGCACCACACCUAGGCAGGUCCCUAGUGGCCACCAGAAUAGACAGCAUUUCUGAUUCUCGCCUCUAUGACAGUUCUCCUUCAAGACAAAGGAAGCCUUAUUCCCGCCAGGAAGGGAUGGGAAGCUGGGAUAGGCCAAGUUACGGGAUGGAUGCCUAUGGAUAUCGGCAGACUUACUCCUUGCCUGAUAACUCCACGCAGCCGUGUUACGAGCAGUUCACCUUCCAGAGCCUACCUGAACAGCAAGAGCCGACUUGGCGGAUACCGUACUGUGGGAUGCCGCAAGAUCCUCCAAGGUACCAAGAUAACCGAGAAAAGAUUUACAUCAACUUGUGCAACAUCUUCCCACCUGACCUUGUGAGAAUUGUCAUGAAAAGGAAUCCUCACAUGACAGACGCCCAGCAGCUCGCUGCAGCCAUUUUAGUGGAGAAAUCACAGCUGGGUUAUUGAAAGAUGAUGCAUCUUUGUGGUGUUUAGUAGUUUUUUGUUCAGCUCAAAUGCUGAGGGAGGUUUGCUACAAUAGCACAUGUGAUCUCCUUCUCAGCAAGGAGGUUAUAUAGUAUCCAUUUAUGUGAAAUACUGUAUCAUGGAAUCUGUAUGUAUAGCCCCACACGGUGGAAGUAUCACGGGAUUGCUUUACAUUUAAACUUUUUUUUAACAUUUCCUUUUUAAAGCUAUAUCCUUGGCUGGAAAUUUUUCCAGUUUGAUUUAAUAGAUGUAUCUGUGAUCUUUGAUAAUAAUCUUUGGUGCAUCAGGGGUUUAUAUGCAGCACUUUUUAUCCUUGUUUCAUGUUUUAUUAACUUGGUGUUUGUCUAUCAAUUGCAAGCAAUUACAGUACCUUCAGAAUGUGGAGCAUUUGACUAGACCUAGCAAACUAUUUUUUCAAGCCAAGCUUAAUUAGACUCUUUUACAGCUUUUUAAGUUAUUUUUAUUUGGGGAAGGUGGGCUUCUUUGUGCUAUAAUCAUUAUUUAUAGAAACAAAGAUAUACUACAGCACUGACUUUAUAUUUUAAACAAAAUGUAAGUUACCAAUUUAUGUUGAAAUGGGUAACAGUAUAUAUUAGAAUGAUUUACA